AGCAAAGCUACAACUAGGGGCGCUAGUAUACCAAUCUAUUACACCAGAGAAGAAGAGAUGGGGCAAAAAUGGCUGCCUACAUGAGGAGUGUGUUGUGUCUUUUCCCCAUUGAGCUUGGUGCUUUUCUAACAAGGGGAAAUGGUAUAAUUGUGAAGUCACAACGGUAUGUACGCGGACUGAGGAGGAAACCUGUCAGGGUAUUGUUUUCAGAUACCGAAACGGGAAAAGUGGUCAAGGCCCCGCCAACCCAGGGUCGACCUGCAGAGCAAGAUGUCAGGAAGAAAGGGAAGGAGGUGAAAGUCACAUCUACAGCAAAGCAUGACGAAGAAAGUGGUUUUAUCAAAGCGAAGAGUAAUGUGCGAUCAACUACACAACAUGCCCACGUUGUUACAAAGGACCAAAUUGAUGGACUGCACUUCGAGAGGGCUUUCCCUGGAGACAAGAGAUUGGCGAGGUUAGUCAGUGUUGCUCGUUCCAGGACGUUUCGGGAGCACCAGGGUAAAAUUGUCCUGGAGGGCAGGCGUUUGAUCUGUGAUGCCCUGGAUGCUGGUGCCAGCCCACAGACGGUGUUUUUCAGUAUGGUGGAUCGACUCCGAGAGUUGCCCUUAGACAAGCUGAAAAGGGCCACUCUAGUUAAAGUCAAGUUUGAGGAUAUCAAAAUUUGGUCUGACCUGGUGGCCCCACAAGGGGUAAUAGCCAUAUUUUCUCGUCCAGACCCGUCACGGUUGAACUUCGCAAACAGAGGCCAUUCUGUGCCUUUGAGUUUGAUAUGUGACAACAUCCGAGACCCUGGGAACCUUGGAACUAUGUUGCGAUCUGCUGCUGCUGCUGGUUGCCAUAAUGUCCUGCUCACCAAGGGUUGUGUUGAUGCUUGGGAGCCUAAAGUUCUUCGUGCAGCAAUGGGCGCCCAUUUCCGCCUUCCCAUCUUUCCUAGUCUAAACUGGGAUGACAUUGAGAAUCAUCUCCCUACACCUGUGACUGUCCAUGUAGCCGACAGCAGCUGCGACGCUGGCAGAAGUAGAGAGACAGAAGAUUCACAAAUCAACAAGGAAAAAGACUAUGACUCUGAGUGGGAAUCUGAAGAUGAGGGACUAUCACUCCCCAGAGUGGACGCCAAGCGGUACCAUGAGAGCUGGGCUCAGAGUCCCACUGCUCUUGUGAUUGGUGGAGAGACCCAUGGUCUGAGUGUAGAAGCAGUGCAGUUGGCUGAGAAAACUGCAGGUCACAGGCUCUUUAUACCUGUUGUUCCUGAUAUGGACAGCUUGAACUCAGCCAUGGCAGCAAGUAUUCUUUUGUUUGAGGGCAGGAAGCAACUGUUAAAACUAAUGCAGACAUCUGAAAAGAAACUGAAGUCUCAAGCUGAGAGGUAGUUUUCAUAAUGUUCAGUCUAAAUAUGCCAGUGUGACUUAAAGUGUGUAUUUUACAGGAAUAACCUAUGUUUAACAUCCUAUAUCCUGUUGUGCUGAUAAUAAACUUCAACUG